AUGGACAAGAACGCGCAUCCCUAUCUCCAUCCCCCGCCAAUGUUCCCCGUCUCCGUCUCCGUCCACGUCCCCGUCUCUCCGUCUGCCGCGACUUCGGCUCUCUGGCAAGCGGCGCAGGCUUUGGGUUCCAUUGGAGCGCCUGCGAGUGCGAGUGCCAGUGCCGGUGCCAGUGCCAGUGCCAAUGCCGCCGAAGCCAACGACAAUUGGAACCUGACGCUGGAUGCUACAGCGUCACACUCAGCCACCGAUUCCUUUUCUCGCCCACCGCUGCCCAAUCCGGUGCCCUCGUCUGGUUCAGGCACAAGCUUGGGCACAGGCUACAAUCCGUACGGCUACAGAGACUCCAGCAGGUCACCACAACCGCAGCAGCGCCACUACCAACACCAACAACAGACUCCUUCCAUAUCAAUCUCCUCCUCUCCAACCUCGUCUUCUGCCCAAUUCCACGUCGCCCAAAGAGCCGCACCAGCGACCGCGACUGCGACCGCGACUUCGCCUCCGCCUGCGAUCUCGACGACCGGGCCCCCCACGCCCAAGAGACACGCCGUCGCCAAUUUCUACUACGAAGACGACGCCGAACAUCUCAAUUACCAGGACCGCGGCGGUCUCAACAUCGUCACCCCUCCUACAGCUGCCGCUUCCGCUUCCGCUGCCGACUCCGCUUCCUCCCGCUCCCUCCACGUCCAACCUCAUCAUUCUCACUCCCACACCUACUCGCACACUAUCUCGCAUUCGCCGUCUUCUUCAUCCUACUCCUCCUACUCCCCCCAACGCAGUCAUUCUCGCUCCCAAUCCUAUCAGCAGCAGCAGCAGCAGCAGCAGCAGCAGCGUGCUUCCGUCCCCGCCGCGCUGCUUCCGGUCCAUGGCCAGCAGCAAAACCACCACCACUAUUAUCUCGACUCGGCCUCUUCGCUACCCGCCCGCUCCACUGCGACUGAGACAUCAGGGCCGCCGGGCCUUUCCCCCUCCGUCGACCUCUCCUCGUCCUCGUACGCGCUCUCGUUAGACGCCGCGGCCAUGAACCAGCAACCGCAGCCUCCACAACAACAGCAGCAGCCGCAGCCGCAAUCGCAGCAGCAAUCCCCUGCUCAGCAGCAGUUCUCCCCUCAAGCUGCCCCGCGUCGAACAGCCACCUACGGCUCCCAGCACGACGAACUGCACAUGCCUGCUGGCAUGAUCCAGCACACCCAGCUGUCACCCCGCGAAUAUUCGUCCUCUGCUGCCCCUGCCGCCCCCCAGAUCAAGCUGGACCAGGCCUCUCCGAACGCCCCUCAGUUCCAGAAUACUUCGUCGGUGCCCAACGUCCUGCAGCCCGGCGGACCAGGUGGUCGUCCCCCCGCCAUCGCCGCAAACACGGCCCCGACGCUGUCCACCAUGCAGUCUUCCAUGCCUCAGCCGUCCCAGGACUACCAGACCCCUUCGAAGCCCAGCUUGAACAUGUCUCACAGCUACUCCCGCUCCUCCCCCGCCGCCGGCUACGAAGGCGCCGCGACUUUUGCGCCCUACACCCCCACGACCCCGAGCGGAUCCUCCUCUCAAUUCAUGUCGCCGCCAGAUCAAAAGUACAAUGCUCCCGGCUCUCAGCGAAACAUCUCCAACACUCCCCUAGGCCUCGCCGAUAUUCGCCCUCGCGCCGACUCCGGCAUGUCAGAUGGCGUGCCGGGCAGCGCCGCCUACGACCUCGCCAAUGCCCAGCCUGGCACGAGUAAUUACCUUGCCCCGUGGGCUCUCUACGCCUUUGACUGGUGCAAGUGGCCUCCCCAGGGCAACGGGGCAGGCAAGCUCGCUGUUGGAAGCUACCUGGAGGACGGUCACAAUUUUAUUCAAAUUCUCGAUACCCAGAUGGUGCCGACCCCCAACGAUGUUUAUCAGCCCGGGACGCCCAAGUUCAAUCUCGAAUUCUCAAAGGUCGCCGAAGCUACACAUUCAUACCCCGUAACUCGUCUGCUCUGGGAACCACCCUCUUCGCAGAAGCAGUCGACCGACCUUCUCGCAACAUCAGGAGAUCACCUCCGCCUGUGGUCUCUGCCCUCGGAGAGCCCCGUCUCGCAGAGCAACUCGAUCAACCGACAGGGUAGGGAUCCUGGCGUCACAAAGCUGACACCCCUGGCCCUGCUGUCCAACUCAAAGACGCCCGAUCAUACAGCGCCGCUUACCUCUCUGGAUUGGAACACCGUUUCUCCCAGUCUGAUCAUCACAUCCAGUAUAGAUACCACCUGCACGAUUUGGGAUAUUCCAUCCUUGACGGCAAAGACGCAAUUGAUCGCCCACGACAAGGAGGUGUACGACGUGCGCUUUUGCGCCAACAGCGUGGACGUUUUCGUAAGCUGCGGGCAGGAUGGUAGCGUCCGCAUGUUCGACUUGCGCAGUCUCGAACACAGCACUAUUAUUUACGAGCCCACAGGCAAGGAUGAAAGAGUUGACCCCAACGGUGGGCGAAUCAGCCCCACGCUCGCGCAGCAGACCAUGUCCAACCCUCCCCCUCUCCUGAGAUUAGCGACGUCGCCUCACGACACCCACUUGCUGGCCACCUUUGCGCAAGACUCUAACGUCAUCCGCAUACUUGACGUGCGGCAUCCGGGCCAAGCGCUGUUGGAACUUCGGGGCCACGGUGGUGCGCUCAACAGCAUCGAGUGGUCACCAUCGAAACGCGGCGUACUGGCUUCCGGAGGAGACGACUGCCAAGUUCUGCUGUGGGACGUUUACAACAACAACCACGCGCUCGGUGGAGGUCCCUCCGCCAACGGCGCUGGCCAGCCCGACAGCACACGAAGCCCAUUCGCCAGUUGGCAAUGCGACUACGAGGUCGGAAACCUUGCAUGGGUCCCGCAUCUCUCCAGCGAUCAAGGAGAGUGGCUGGGUGUGAGUGCUGGCAGGGGCCUCUGGGGUGUUAAGACAUGCGGGCGGUCUGUCUGA